CUGAAUGGGAAAUCUUCACACGUCAGGCUAAGCGCCCUGACCGAUCGAAAGCUGGAAACGCAAAGAUGGAGAGCUAUCAGAGCCCUCUAUCAAGCCGGUACGCAAGCAAGGAAAUGUCCUAUCUCUUUUCCAACGCGAAGCGGUUCCGGACGUGGCGUGAGUUAUGGCUAAAUCUCGCGAUCGCGGAGAAAGAGCUCGGACUCACUAUACCCGACGAGGCCAUCACUCAGAUGAGGCAGAACCUCGAUCUCGACGAGGCACAGUUCGUAAUUGCUGCCGCCGAGGAGAAAAAACGUCGCCACGACGUGAUGGCGCAUGUGCACACUUUUGGGCAGGUGGCACCUGCUGCUGCUGGGAUUAUUCAUCUCGGAGCAACAUCAUGUUUUGUAACCGACAAUGCUGAUCUUAUCUUCCUCCGCCAAGGGUGCGACUACCUGCUACCAAAACUAGCUAUUGUGAUAGAUCGCUUUGCCACUUUUGCAAAGCAGUAUCGCGAUCUUCCUACCCUUGGAUUUACCCACUUCCAACCUGCACAGCUUAUGACAGUGGGAAAACGGACCACGCUGUGGAUUCAGGAACUCCUUUGGGACCUCAGAAAUAUACAGCGAGCGCGAGAUGACCUCGGAUUCCGGGGGGCUAAAGGGACAACUGGCACCCAAGCUUCAUUCCUCGCGCUAUUCGACGGCGAUCACGACAAAGUCAAAGCACUCGAUAGGCGUGUGACGGAAUUGAUGGGAUUCACAUACGCCUAUCCCGUGACGUCUCAAACAUAUUCCCGAAAAAUCGAUAUCGAUGUGCUUCAAUCUCUUUCCUCUUUCGGAGCAACAGCACAUAAGAUUGCAACUGACAUCCGACUUCUGGCUCAUCUCAAGGAGGUUGAAGAACCAUUUGAGAAGGACCAAAUUGGCAGUUCCGCAAUGGCUUACAAACGUAAUCCUAUGCGGUGCGAGAGAGUCUGCAGUCUUGCGAGGGCUCUUAUGAUCAUUCCCCAAAACGCACUCGCCACAAGCGCAGUCCAAUGGUUCGAGAGGACACUGGAUGACAGUGCCAACCGGCGGGUAACGAUUCCAGAAGCCUUCCUCACCGCAGACAUUAUCCUGUCAACGCUUCAAAACAUCACAGAAGGCCUUGUCGUCUACCCACAGGUAAUCGCUCGUCGCAUUUCCCAGGAGCUCCCGUUCAUGGCUACCGAAAAUAUCAUUAUGGCGAUGGUCAAGCAUGCUAAUGGUGACCGCCAAGAAUGCCAUGAAAAGAUUCGUGUCCUGAGUCACCAGGCUGCCCGUGUUGUCAAAGAGGAAGGAGGGGAAAAUGAUCUGAUUGAGAGAAUCAAACAAAAUCCUUAUUUUGAACCUAUAUGGGGGAUGCUAGAUAGUAUUUUGGAUCCAAAGAGUUUUGUUGGGAGGGCGCCCGAGCAGGUCGACGAGUUCGUUAAGGAGUGGGUAGAGCCAGCUCUCCAAUCGUACAAGGCCGUUGUCCAGAAUGCCAAAGCUUCGGAGUUAAAUGUGUAGCAUAGUUCCUACCAUCCGCGCAUUUCGCCUGUCCCAGUUAGAAACGUAACAAUAGAUUGCUUUCCUUCAGGAUU